AACAUUCACUCACAGGUCAUCAAUCACAACAGCAACAAUGGGUCUCAGCCACUUUGCACUCCCCUGCGGCGAACACUACGUCGAGAUGCGAGAUUUCUACAAGGCCGUCCUCGCACCACUGGGCUACGAGUUCAAGUUUGAAGCUCAAGGACCUACAGGCGCAUACUACUGUGCGUUUGGCGAAAAGAACAAGGGUCCUGACUUUUGGCUUGGCGGCGGGGGCAGUUCUCUUAAGAAAUACGAUGGCAAUAUGGAGAACAGAACGUGUCCUGUUCAUUUCGCCUUCGAUGCUGAGAAUCCGAAGCAUGUCGAUGAGUGGCAUGAGGCUGCUAUGAAAGCUGGUGCUGUUGAUAAUGGAAAGCCUGGGCCGAGGAAUUACAGGCCCGGGUACUAUGCUGCGUUUGUUCUCGAUCCUGUUGGAAACAAUGUCGAGGUUCUUCACUUGGGUUAAGGGAUUUGAGGUUGGUGAAGCGUCGGGAGGACUACAAGGAACUUGAACGCGUAUAGGCACAACAGUGCUAUUACCAUACCAACUGCAUCCUAGUAGACAGCUUUAUUUGUUACAAGAUAACAAGAUUGAACAUCUCAAAAAGACCGAUACAAUGGAACAGCCCCCGCUUUACCCAGAGUAAAGCCAACAUUGGCCAAUCGC